AUGACAGCCAGGGACGAGCUCGGAGAAGAGAAGCCCAGAGUGAAGCUCUUGUCCUCGGGCUUCGGGAUGGAGAAGUCCCGGCUCCACGGUACCGGGUUCCGGUCGAAAGGCUUCGCUAUCACGGACCUUUUGGGCCUGGAGUCGGACCUGCAGGCGCGGCAGCAGCAGCCCGGAGGAGGAGGUCCGGGUUCUGGCCUGGCAGGGGUGGCGGGUUCGGGCUCGGGUCCCGGGGCGGAGCCGCAGGCUGCGGGCGGCGGCGGCCUCGGCGGCGGCCUCAGCAGCGGCCUCAGCAGCGGCCUCGGCGGCUUCUCGUUCCCCGGUUCUUUGCCGCUCGGUCUCGGGUUCCUGUGCAGUCUGGCGGCGCAGCAGCCCGGGUCAGCUCCGUGUUUCCUGCCCGGUCACCUGCCGCUGCUGCAGACUCGAACCGACAACCACUGGACACACAACCUGGACAACCAAAGGGACAAUUACUCCGAUGAAGAUUGUCUCUCUGAUCGAAACGACUCCAAAGGUUCUGGAAACUGUCAGAAGAGAAAGAAGAGGAGACACAGGACUGUGUUCACCUCUCAUCAGUUGGAGGAGCUGGAAAAAGCUUUUCAUGAAGCUCAUUAUCCAGACGUUUACGCUCGGGAGAUGCUCGCCAUGAAGACCGAGCUGCCCGAGGACAGAAUACAGGUUUGGUUCCAGAAUCGCAGGGCAAAGUGGAGGAAGCGGGAAAAGUGCUGGGGUCGCAGCAGUGUCAUGGCAGAGUACGGCCUCUAUGGGGCGAUGGUGAGACACUCCAUCCCGCUGCCGGAGUCCAUCCUCAACUCCGCCAAGAACGGAAUGAUGGGAUCGUGCGCCCCCUGGCUGCUCGGUGAGCCGCAUACACGAAUGCACAAAAAGUCUUUAGAGAUGAACAAGAAAUGUUCCAGCCCUCCAGAGUCUGACUCCGCCCACUCCGACUUCCCCAGCAACGCCUUAGUGCGACAGGGCAGCGGCAGUGGUGAGGCCCAGGAGGAGGAGAUGGAGGAGGAGGAGGUGGCCAUUGAUCUGUCCAGUUCCUCGAAACAGCAGCAUCAGGAGGAGACCACGAGGGGCGUGGCUUCACCGAGGCAGCGGCGGCGGCACAGCAGUGGCGAGUCGGACGAACACAGCUGAGGGGGGCGGAGCUGGGGUUUGUUUUUCUGGGGCACAAGGAUUUGAUUGGCUCCACCUUCAAUGGAGAGCAGCCAAUCACGGAACAGCUGCAACGUCAGUAGUUACAAUGCAAACUCAACCAUGACCAUGUGACUAAAGAUGCGUUCCAUUUAUAUCGGAAGUCAGAACUGGAGACGAAAAGAGACGAGUGGAGGCCAUCUUGGAAUCCUAUAUCGGGGUUGCUCCGACUUUUCCGAGUUGGAAAAUCCGACUUCCGACUACAACUGGAACGCACCAUCAGGCUCCUCCAUCUUUUUUUGUUGCUAAUUAGCCCUGCCAUGCUCUUUCAAUGAUUAGCUUAGCUGUUUGUGCUAUUU